UCGCAUAAACUAACAUUAUUCUACGCGCACCGAUCUGUGAGAUCCGGUCGAUACAGAGGGCUUAAACCUGUUAGUUAGCUAGCUAGACGACUUGCCAACUGACUGGACAGCGUGGGAAACCUAGUUCGCUGGAUAGCCUUAUAACAAGUGUGGGUGCCAUCUACAGCCAGCAAUUUGGUGCUAAAGGGCAUUCGUGUAAAGCGGAACGUUAUUGAGGUUUAUAACGUAUACGCGUGAGUGACCUUCCAGACUCCUAUCUCGGAACAGUCAACAACUGCUUAACUGGGACGUGGUCUGUUUAGCUCGAUGACUAGCUAACGCUAACAUUUACGGCGAACUGUCUGGUAUCGUUGGACAAACCUCCUGUGCAUUCAUAGAAACUGCUGACUACUAGCACGGGUAACUUAUUGUUAACGUACUCAGCGAACAAGCCAGGAGGAAGCAGCUGGAGGCAGCUUGGUGAGGAGAGACCACCUGGUCGGCUCUUGGGCCACGCCUGUUGCAAUGGACUCUAGGGAUUGUGAAGCUGGUAUGAAAGAGGAGGAUGAGCCACCUUGCCCUUCAUUGGGGCUCCCAGAGUUGACCCCUCCUGACGAGGCCCUGUCUAUGACCACGGCAGAGUCUUCGAUUUCUGCAGGGGUAGAGGAGGAGAUCCCAUGCGAAGCCCAGGAAAUGGAAACAGAGCUUAAUGAGGAGCUAAGCUCCCAGGGGGAUCCUGAGAUGGAUGAUGCCAGGGGCUCUGAGCCAAACCCCAUGUCUGGCUCCUCUCUUUCGGUGUCCGAGCCCGAUCCAAAUUUCGAUCCCGAGGACGAAGCCCAGGGCGAAUCUCUGUUCCACUGUCCACACUGCGAGCGCCACUUCUCCACCAAGCAAGGCCUGGAGCGCCACACGCACAUCCAUGUCUCUGCCAACCUGCACACACACACCUUCAAGUGUCGCUACUGCGGAAAACUUUUCGGUUCACAAGCUGGCCGGCGUCGGCAUGAGCGACGCCAUGAAAGUGGGAUGAAGAAAAGGCCGGGCUCCCUUGCUGGCACUGCUUCCUCGCUCAACCCCUCCCUACAGACUGACAACUUGAGUUCCAACCUCACGGCUCCUGCAAGCAGCAUCCUUAUUGUGAACUCGCUAACUAGUGGCGUGACCCCAGAGCUCUCAGGUGAAGGCAAGAAAGGGGAGGGUGUGGCUGAGGUGGAACAGGCCCUCCUGUUGGAUGAAAAUGGAGAGUCCAAGGAACUUCACCCGUGCAAGUACUGCAGGAAGGCCUUCAGCUCCCAUACCAACAUGAGACGGCACCAGCGCAGGAUCCACGAGCGCCACCUGCUGCCCAAAGGCAUCAGCAGGAAAGGUUCUCUCCUGCAGGAGGUGCAGCCCAGCCCACAGCAGUCUGCCACAACCCCCCAGGGGUCCCGUGGCACCAUCCCCCAGCUGGUCUACCGGCCCAGCCACGAGGCGGAAGACGAGGGUGACCGGGAAGAAGAGUACAUGGUGGACAUCUCCAGCAACAUCUCGGAGAACCUCAGCCUGUAUAUUGAUGGGAAGAUUCUAUCCACAGGCGCGGGCAGCGGGUGCGAAGUGAUCGAGGUGGACGCCGGCUCGGCCACGCUGCUGGGCCUGGACACCGUGAUCAUCAGUCAGGCUUUGAAGGUGGAGACGGCUGCUAGUGUGACGAGAGAGGCUCCCAGCACAACCCCCCGGACUUCGAAAAGGAGGACCUCCACUCCGCCUCUGCUGCCCAAAAUCAAAACUGAAUCGGAAUCCUCCUCCUCCUCCUCCUCCUCAGCAUCUUCCUCCUCUUCAUUGUCUUCAUCAUCAUCAUCAUCAUCAUCAUCGUCAUCAUCAUCGUCAUCUUUAGCAGGGACUGUUGUCGCUCCAGCUGUGGAUGCCUUAGCGUUUCCCAAAGAGAAAACAUUGUAUCUCUCCCCAAAACUUAAACAGCUCCUGCAGAACCAGGAGGGCCACAGGUUGACCCCCCCUGCUCCCCGACUAUCAGUGUCUCCACUUUCUUCUGGAUCAGGGAGGUUCAAGAGAAGGACCGCCUCACCCCCAAACUCCUCACCUCAGGAAGACCCUAUAUGCAAAGGCCACAGCUCUGAGGCAGGUGCCCCCUUUGCCCUCAAGGUGCCGAAGCUGGAAAGCCAUGGUCGGUCCCCAGCCUGGAGCAGGGAAGAGGGAGACGCCUCAAGCUCCCCCAGGGCUGAGUGGUUGGGGUCCCUGACUGGUGGUAGCCCUUGUAACCAGCAGCCCCUGGACCUCUCGGGUGCACCUGGUAAAAACGGUGAUGGAACUGGCCAGGGGGAGGCGGUGCUGGACCUGAGCAUGCACUGCAAAAGCUCUGAUGAGACUCAGUUAAAAGUAGGCCCUGCCCCCCAGCCCCUGUCCAAGAAGAGGAAGCCCAACACCAGCAUACUGGAGAAGGUGCUAAUGAAAGAGUACAGUGGAUUGGAGCUGGCAAAGGAGGAGGUGCCUGAUGAUCAGGGAAACCCUGUUGCUCAGCCUGCAGGGAAUGCCACAUCUAAUCCCUCCCCUGAUACGGCUCCCUCACUCCCUGAAGUACUUGGAGAUAAAUCAACUGUACCCUCCACUUCACCACACCCACCCCCUCCCUCACUGACUCCUGUUCCCUUGAACCCCCCUUCCCCAUGCACUGCAAGCCUGGUGUCCACCACGCCACCCCCUCCAGUUCUGCCUACUGUUUCUUCCCCACUCUACCAGCCCUGUCAGUCCCCUGAGCAUGCUCCUGUCCCUGUUCCAUCACCCAAAUCCUCCGAAUUAAUGCAGGUAGAUCAGGAGGAAUGUUCAGCUUCUGCAGAGACUGGUUCUGUCACUGUGAGUUCAGAGAGACUGCCUGAUGAGGAUAGUUCACACUCAGACCCCACUGUAGACUCUAAAGAUCAGGAAGAUCUCACCCACCCCCUUAUCAGCCUAACAAACCCAAAGAUUUCCACAGCGGAACCUCGCACAGACUCUGAAUCUGUGUGUGUUCCUCCCGUGGAUCCUUCUGAUCCCCCAGGUGACUUCAGAAUGAGUCCACCAGUUGAUCUUGGUGGCAAGUGUGUUCCCGAGCCUACAGCGUCUCUACAGUCACCUGUAGGCUGUGUUCUGGCUUCUGAGGCUGAUCCUAACUUGGACCUGAACCAGGAGCAGAAGGCCGCGUUGCACACGCAGCCCCAGUCUCCCCAUCCUCCUGUUCUGGAGGCGUCUCUUCCAGUGCCCUCCUCCGACACUGACUCCACAGCCUCAUCAGAAAGGCUGCCCCCUCCCCUCACCGCCACUGUGAUCAAAGAGGAAUAUGACCACAAGGAAGAGUCGGCCAACUCUGCCAGCGACGCCCCCGAGAAACCCGCGGAGCCAGAGACGUUCUGCAAGAGCUUUGUGUGCAACGUGUGUGAGGAGCCAUUCUGCUCAAUGAAGGAACUGCGGUGCCACAUCGUGGCCCAUGCCCAGGACUGGCCCUUCAAAUGCGAGUUCUGUGUGCAGCUGUUUGGAAACGGCGAUGCCUUGCUCGAGCACCGUUCCACACUGCAUGGCGUGGGCAGGAUCUACGUGUGCUGCAUCUGCAGCAAGGAGUUUGCUUUCCUCUGCAACCUCCAGCAGCACCAGUUGGACCUGCACCCUGGCCAGAGUUACACGCACACAGUGCUGGAAAAUGGCAAACUGCGACCCCAGAAUUUCACAGACCCAACCAAAGCCAGCACAGAGCCCUUGGUUUCUACAACAGACUCCAAGCCUUCAGCUGAUAGCGAUGAUAAAGGGGCCAUUGUAAUCCAGAGGGAGGAACACGAGAAUGAUGAGGAGACAGAGGAGAUGGAUGACCCAACAGAAGAACUGUACACUACAAUUAAGAUCAUGGCUUCCGAAGGAAGCAAGCGGAAAGCGGCAGAUGUUCGCCUCGGACUCAACCAGCACUAUCCCAGCUUCAAACCACCACCGUUCCCUUACCACAACCGCACCCCUGCCAGCUCCGUAGAGUCUGCCACCAAUUUCACCACCCACAACAUUCCACAAACAUUCAGCACCGCCAUCCGCUGCACCAAGUGUGGCAAGAGUUUUGACAACAUGCCUGAGCUCCACAAGCACAUUUUGACCUGCGCAAAUGCCAGCGACAAGCGCCGCUACACCCCGAAGAAGAACCCCAUCCCCCUCCGACAGGCUGUCAAGCCCCUUAACGGGACUUUGUCACCCACAGCAACUUCCAAUGCAGCACAUGCCACCCUCCGCAGGAUGGGCCUGCCCAAGCGCCUCAACUUUGGCCCGGAGCCCACAGGCAAGAAGAAUAACCAGGCUGUCCAGAGAGCCCUCUCCCAGAGGAUCAGGUCCACUGCCUCCAGCCAGUCUGAGGAGGAGCAGGGGAUCCAUGUGUGCCCGCACUGCCAGCGGGAGUUCACAUACCGUGGCAGCCUCAACAAGCACAUGACUGUCAGUUGCCCCAAGAAACCUGCCUCCAAGGGAUCGAAGAUGCGCGGAGCUGACGACUCGAUCGCUCAAGAAGGAAACCGUAAUCUUCGCAGUACCAGGAGAAAUGCUGAUCUCGAGAUGCAGAAGGAGGGAUCGGACCUGGGGAAUAGGACCGUGGGCAAAAGCAAGGCUGGCAGCUCUGGGCCGGCGGAGGGCAUGGCCAGUGUGCCCGUCAAACCCCAGCCGACUAGAGGCAGACCCCCCGCUUCGCAGGCGCAGCUGAAGAGUCCAACGUCCUCCUCUUCCUCCUCUGCUGCCACCAUUCCUCUGGGCAAGAAAAGCAGGGCGCCCCCUGCUCAGCAGCAGCAACCCCCCCCUGAAUCCCCCCCUGCACAGCGCCCUGCUGGGAGGAUGCAGCGGGGGACCAAAGAGGUCCCGUCAAAAAAGGAUUCUGAGGUGACGUCACCGCUUCUGCAGCCCAAGAAGGAGGAGCGCUUUGCGGUGAAGGCGCGCGACAGGGUGGGCGGGCCUGUCACUCGCAGCCUGCAGCUGGCCAAUGCGAUGCCUCCAGGCGAGGCUGAGGGUUCCCCCGACCAGGAGUCCAAGGAAACCCAGGAGACCUUGGUGAAGCUGGAGAGGUAAAGUCCGACGGACGUGUGGAGAAACCUCUGAAACGCUGGGACUGGCCUAUCAGAGCCGCCGCCUCCAAAGAUGGCCAGGCUCAGUUGCCCCACUGCAGAGAGGCAUAUGGAGAUACCAGUCAGAUCAAUCAGAUCAGGGCUGUUGAUGAUUGCAGUUACCACAGUAGAUGAGAUGGGAGGGGCUUAGGGUGUGGUACCUUUGCGCUGUGCAGAGAGUUGGUCCACGGUCCAAAAAUGUAACCUGUGCUGAAUUUGUGCAUUACAAAAAUAGUACCAGAAAAUUUUUAAUCCCUGACCCCCCGGCCCUUGACAGCGAAACACUGCAAAUGUUACCUGUACACAACCCACCUGGAAUUUUCUUGUUCUUGUUUUUUAGUUUUUGCAUCAAGUCAUGGAGGUUUUUCGUAGGAUUAUUACUUUCUGGUAGCCCCAAUGCAUGCAACGUGUUCAGUAUGACUAGACUGAUGUCUGUGUACGAAACCCAACUUUCAACACCCCGUUUACAGUGUUCAUAUGGCUAUAAACUAAAAAAUAUAUGUGUAUUUAAUUCAUAUUGUACGCUAUAGAAGGACUUGUGUGAUGCAGUCAUGUCUUGUAAGGAAACUGGUUUUCAGUUUAGUUUAUUUUUUAAGGUUUUGUAAAAGCGGUUGGGGGUGAGCUGUUUGCAGUGUGACUGUGGGAAUGAGUUUUCCAAGCUGGGAGAGAGGAGAGUUUGCCGGCUCCCCCUUUCCUGCCUGUCACAGCCAUCUGCCCCGUUAGCCUUGCUCCUGCCUGUAUUGCCGUACAAAAGAUUUGUGCUCCAUGCGUCGUGAACGCAUUCUUUUUUGCGACUAUCCUUCUCGAUAUGAAGGGCAGGGCGAGAAUGUAGCUGCUGCCAGUUAUAUGGCGAAAUUGAGUUCAUCUAAUGGAGGCCUUUAAGGGUCAUUGUGAAUGAGAAAUGUUUGGAGAAGAGCCAUAAUUUUCCCGCCUUUUUUGCUGUGAAAACAGAUUAAACUACAGAAGUUUAAAAGCACUUUAAAAAGCCCUUCAAGCAUCAAUAUAUUUCCAAGAAAUAUUAUAGCAUUGUGCAUUAUGAGCCCCAAAACUGGCUGCUGAGAUGCAAAUUAUUAUUCUUUUUUUGGCAUUGUUGGUUCUGACAAAUACAUUUUCCCUUGCUAGUGCUAGGUUUUUUAAAGGUACUGUACAAUUUGCUUAUCAGCAAAAAAUGUUGUGUUGAUAAGACUGAAACCUUGAAGGCAAAGGGUUGUGGGACAGAUGCAGGUGAAAUAUUGGGAACUUGUGCCUAAGUCCUGUGUUACAACACUUAGUUUUUGAUUCAGUAGCCCAAAUGUGGAUUAAUGCCUGGCAAAUUUAGAUUAUCACAACCUGCCUCGUAUUACUGCUUAGAUUUGACCUCUUCUGUUGAAGAAUUGAGGGUAGUCGUUUGUCUUUAGGGGGUGGUGACAAUGUCCCCCAUUCCUAGGGACAACACAUUUUUAUUUUUCACUUGAGGAUAAGUUAAUUAUUGGUAAUUUCUCACGCAAUAUGUUAGAUUGAUGGUGUGCACAGCUGGUUGGUGAGGGCAGCACUGACAUUUGAAGACUUGAUUCAUCUGUUACUUUAUUUAAUUUGCUAGAAACCAUUGUGUUGUAUACGUGCUGCAUGCUUUGCGUGUUGGAUGUGGCGUUAAAUUGGCGGGCACUGUGGAAUUCUGGGAAUCGGAGAGCCCAGCACAGCCCAUUGAACUCCAGUCUCUGUUCAUCUGAAGAACAGAAGAUAUUCAGAUGAACAGAAAGCAAUAAGGACAUCAGACAGGGUAUCCCAGAGAGAGGAUGUUGACACAACAAAGCCGGCCUCAACUGAACAUGAGUAAUACGCUGAAACGGUAGCAUUGGGCGAAAAGCUAAUGCGUGCAGUGUAAAGUCGGCUAUAACUAUUUGAAAUGAGGGUUUGGGGGCGUGAGAUGCAACCACAGCAGUCUCCCCAAACCUCGGGGGCGGUGCAGUGCGUUCUAACACCGAAUGGUAGAAUUAAAUCUUGUUUUGUUUAAAUUAUUGUAUGUUUGUGGUGAUAUCCUGUAAUCUGAUGGAUCUACCUCUGUGAAGAGCUUAAAACUGUGUUUCCUUCCUUUAUCACUGUUGGGAGGCGUCUCCCUCCCUUCCAUGUACUGUAUCGCUCCAACACAUCUGCAUCUGUCUGAGGGGAGAUACAGCGUGAUGCAUGGCGUAAAUUGCUGGUAGCCUGUCUGUGGGAGAAUUAUGUCACUUGAUUAUAUAUUUUAAAAAAUAUAUUUAAAAUCUUCUUUUCGGGAUGGUUAAGUUUUAUAUGAUUUACGUGUAUGCAUUUCUUGAAUACCAAUUCUGGGGAAGUUUGUGAAAUAAGUGAUAAUGUUCUGUUAAAUGUUUGGGGUUAAGAAAGAUAAAAUGGAAGGGAAUUCCUAGUGUAAUUACAGAUUGUUCUAAUUGAAAUAUUAAAGCCUUUUUUCAAUUUGA